AUGAGUACAAACGGCUUAAAUGGAGAACUGGACGAUUUCGAGUUUUCAGAGGAGGCUCCUUGUUUUUUAUCCCCUCGUGAUUUAACUUCAGACGAAGAAUUACCUUCGUUCAAUCAAUAUACCAUUCAUAAUGACUCUGUUUUAGAGGCAUUGGCUGCAAAUAGAAAUGAGAUGGCGACACCGAAUUUUUCGCGUGUCUUGGUACUUUACACCGGUGGUACUAUUGGCAUGAAACACAAUAAACAACACGGAUAUGUUCCGGCUCCCAAUUAUUUAACAGAAACCCUCUCACAAAUGACACGAUUUUAUGAUCCGCGAGGUUAUUCGAAAAUAUCUACGACAUCCUCUUUCGAUACACCUCACAUUUUCAAUCAAUCAUCUGAUCGUGAUGUGUUGAUGAAUAAAAUUAUCAUCGAAGGUCAAGCUGAAUCGAUCCGAGGCUUAAUAACACCGCCUUCCUUAUACGGCAAAAGAAUAUGGCAAGAAAGAUCACGCGUUUUAUUUUCAACGUCAAUCGAUUGGAUAAGAAUUGCUUCAGAUAUUGAGGCAAAUUAUCAAGUGUAUGACGCGUUUAUUAUACUUCAUGGAACGGACACCAUGGCAUAUACGGCAAGCGCCUUAAGCUUCAUCUUGGAAAAUUUAGGAAAAACUGUAAUUCUAACUGGAUCACAGGUCCCGAUGUCUGAAGUGCGAAAUGAUGCGAUAGAAAAUUUAUUAGGUGCACUUACAAUAGCGGGCCACUUUGUUAUCCCAGAGGUUUGUCUUUUUUUCAACAAUAAACUCUUUCGCGGUAACAGGGUAUCGAAAAUGAAUGCUGUAGAUUUUGACGCGUUUGAUUCACCAAAUUUGAGUCCAUUAGUAAAGGUUGGAAUAAACAUCGCUUCACCCUAUAAGUCCCAAACCCUAACCACUAAUUAUGCGAAACUUGUUAAUUGGGCUGAAGUUGUAAGGCCUUUACAUAUAGCCAAAUUUAAGGCUCAUAAAAUACUCAAUUCAAAUGUCGCUACUCUUCGAUUAUUCCCUGGUAUAACCGAAUCUACAGUUCGCGCCUUCCUAGCUCCACCUAUCGAAGGUAUUGUGCUUGAGACUUAUGGUGCCGGCAAUGCACCCGACACUCGUGAAGAUCUCAUGAAAGCAUUCGCGGAGGCAAGCGAACGAGGCGUGGUUAUAGUGAAUUGCUCACAAUGUAAAAAAGGGUUGGUGACGGAUCUAUACGCGACCGGAAAAGCGUUAACUAUAAUUGGUGUUGUGCCAGGAAGUGACAUGACAGCAGAGUGCGCCUUAGCGAAACUCUCAUAUCUUUUAGGUCAAAAUCUUUCACCUGAUCAGGUUCGCAAAGAAAUAACUAGGAAUCUGCGUGGCGAAUUGUCUGUUCCUGCAACCAAAGAAAGAUUUACAUUUAAUAAGUCACAUACCCUAAUUCAGAAUAUUAUAACUGCGGCGUCGGCAGCAGCUGCAAAUUCAAACAAUGUUGAACUUUCAAUUAAUUUGCAGGAAAGAGUAUUAAUGGAAAAGUCCUUGUAUCCCAUUUUAUUAUGUUCUGCUGCUGGAACAAAUGAUUUGACUGGGAUGGAAUUAUUGUGGGAAAAUGUUGGCGAAUCGCUUGUUCUAAAUUGUGUGGAUUAUGAUGAGAGGACGCCGAUGCACAUUGCGUGUACAUCUGGUCAUUAUAAAAUAGUGAAAUUUCUAGUGGAGCGUGGAGCAUCUGUGCAUGUUAGAGACAGAUUUGGUCAUACGCCAUUGUUCGAGGCAGCAAGAAAUAAGCAUCGAGCUAUCAUUGAGUUGUUGCGAUCAGCUGGUGCUCAUUUUAAUGAUUCUGAAAGUGAUCACGUUAUUUUCCAAGCUUUUCUAGCGGCUUCAACAGGGGAUGUUGAGCUCUUAAAAAAUUUUGUGGAUGCGGGUUGGGAAGUGAAUCGUUCGGGUUUCGAUCACCGAACGGCCCUUCAUCAUGCUGUAGCACAAGGGCAUCGUUCAGUUGUUGCUUAUCUACUAUCUCUGCCUGAUAUUUUACCAGAUACUAAAGAUCGUUGGACAAAAACACCUUUGGAUGACGCUGAAUUAAAUCUUGGCCGUAUGUGGGGAAGAGAUGAUCAACGAGAAGCUGACGCACGUGAUAUUGUUAGCAUGCUUAGACUAAAAAUUGAGGAACGACAGCGAGCAGUUGCUCAAAAUAACAUUUUGACUGCAUUGACAAACUCUCCUCUUGAAAAUAGAAGUCAAAAUGCUGAAAAUUCUACAGGCAAUAAAAAAAGAGUUGUCAUUCUUCCAUAA